GUUGAUGCUUCCCCGUCAAACUGCGGUGAGGUUGUAUGGCAGUGCUGGGAAACUACUAAUACAAACAACCCCCUACCAUCAUCGCCUUCCUUCCCCUUCCUUUCCUCCUUUCUCUUCUUCUUUCACCGUCCACUCAUGUCUUCACCCUCACAGUCUCCUCUGCCGUCUAUCAUUACUGAGCGAUCCCCAGCACCGUCUACCUUUUCGCAACUUGGACCACAAGACGAUGCCCCUGAAACACCACUAUCGCCCAUCGCGACCCCUCCGGCUCCGGCAUACAUGAUUAUAUGGCGAUGGAUGCAAGGCCCUAACCCUCCCAGAGACGUUACUUUCACACCGUUCUUCGCCAAAUGGCAAGACCUACCAUUACGUUUACUCUACCGUGGUCGAUUGAAGCGGAGGAGAUGGCAAUUGGCUCUGCUACUGCUCUUCUGGUUCGCCUGGUUGGCGACUUUCAUCACUGUUAUUCAUAAUUCUAGGUUUAUAUCCAAGGUGAAUGGGCAGGAUCCCUACUUCCUCAGUUGUGCAUCGGUAUUGUGGUAAGUUCGCUUCUCCUCUUUUCAAUUUCCUCUUUCGAUUCGUCUGAUGUCUUGUCUCGCUCCUGUUUUGUUUUCUCGGAUGAUCCGCAAUGGUUCCCGGUGAACAUUUUUUGUCUGAUGACUGGUGUCUAGGUCGAAGAAUAACUUAUGUGGGAUCAACGGCGAGUAUUGCCGACCAUUCGCCAACUCCACCGCAUCAUUCCGAUGCCCUGCUGGCUGUCUAAGGACUAACGUGCUUAACCCGCGCGCGGUUGGCGAACAGAUCAUUGCCUAUCGACCGUUGGUCAUUGGUGGGCCUUCCGGUAACCCUAGCGAUGGGUUAUUCGAAAAUGCGGUUUACCGGUCGGAUUCGUUCAUCUGUUCUGCCGCUAUCCACUCUGGACUGAUAUCCAAUCGGUAUGGCGGAUGCGGGGUAUUUUCACUUGCUGGUUCGCAAAGUUACUUCCCGUCAUCGAAACAUCAUGGGAUUUCCUCAGUCAUGUUUGACGCGACAUUCCCAUCCUCCUUCAACUUUCUCUCCGGGGCAAACACAUCUCACUGCUACGACCUCCGCUGGCAUCUCCUCGCCGUAUCUCUCCUCUUCACAAUCCUCUCCUCCCUCUUCAUUACCUCCAUUCCCGUCUUCUUCGCAUCUGUCUUCACAGGAACCUUCUUCCACGUAGGCCUAGCUUCGGACCCGCCUUUCUCCACGAACCCUUACGAACUAAUCUCCAUCUCUCUUUCCCGUUUCCUCCCCGCCGCCUUCUGCGCUUUCGUGAUAUACAAAUACGGGGUAGCCUACACCUUAUCCCUCUCUCGCUACCACACAAUCGAGAAGGCCCUCCUCUGGCUCUCAGGCCUCUGGACCGGUGCGCUGAACAACAUCACCCUCGACCCAAUAAUUCCUAUAUACCGCUUAACUGGUCGCGACCUCCGCCAGCAGCCCAACGCAAUAACGGCACUGGUAAUCGUAGUCCUACUCCUACUCAUAAUAGUCAUCUUCCAAGCACACUUUUUCCGCCUCACCGGCCGAAUGCCGAAAUACCUCCUGACAUACGCCGGUUUCGGCGUCAGCCUCUCCCUCCUCGCAGCGAUCCCCGGCUCCGCGCUGCGCAUACACCACUAUAUCCUCGCCCUCCUCCUCCUUCCCGGUACCCGCCUGCGCAACCGAAUGAGUCUCUUGUACCAAGGUCUCCUCAUCGGACUAUUCAUUAACGGCACGUCAAGAUGGGGGUUCGCCGGUAUUGUGGAAACCCCGGAAUCCCUCCGUGGCCGAGACGGUCUCUACUUCUCCACUAUACCUCGCCUCGUCACGCCCGAAAUUCCCCCUGCAGGCAACAAUAUUACGUUUUUCUGGGAAGACGUGAAGACUCGUGGGUGGGAGGAGGGCGUUAGCGUAAUCAUCAACGACGUGGAGAGAUUUCGCGUCGAUGGGGUUUCCGGUGCUGUUACUUGGAACAGGACCAGGACCGCGGCGGGCGGUUGGGAGAAGGUGUAUGUUCGCGUGGGCUACUGGGGCACUGGGGAAAUGGGGGAUUACACCGCUGCUGGGGUGGUAGAGGAGGAUGGGACAUGGAGGGCGCCGAGGGGUGGGAGGACCUGAUGAGGAUGUGAUUUAUUUUUAUUUGGGGAGUUCUAUUUGUUUUUUUUUCUUUUGGGGGGGGCAGCAAUAUUUAGAACUAGAGUUGCUGGUUCAACCUUGUAAGGGAUAGAUCACGCAUUGAGAAUUACAGCUCGGCCAAAUAGUAGGCAUGAGUGUGGUGCUGUGUUGGCAAGAAAAUAUUGUACAAUUUGGCUAGCUAGUUCCGGCCAAUAGUCUGAAUACCAUUUCUAAAGUCAGUGAU